CGGUGGGGGCUGCAGUCAGUUGUUGCUUUUGUCCUGAAGGGAACCAAUCAGGGGGUGGACUUGUGCUGGCUUGGCCGUAUAAAAGCUGAAUGACUUUGAGGAAGCACAAACCCUCUCCUCUUCACUUUCUGAGUUCAACUGGGUCAUACAAACCAUGAAGUCUCCUGGAAAGUCCCUGAAGGAAGCUCUGGUCUGUGCUCAGAGUGAAGACCGGCUCACUGUUGGAGUCUACGAGAGUGCUAAAAUCAUGACAGAAGACCCAGACAGCGUGUCCUUCUGCGUCCUGGCCACGGACGAGCAGUUUGAGUGGGACAUCGCCCUGCAGAUCCACUUCACCCUCAUCCAGUCCUUCUGCUUCGACAACGACAUCAGCAUCGUGAGAGUCAGCGACAUGCAGCAUCUGGCUGACAUCGUCGGAGACGAAACAGAGCAGCUGGAAGAUGCGCACUGCGUCCUCAUCACGAAUCCAGCUGAUGGUUCCUGGGAGGACCCUGCUCUGGAGAAGCUCCACCUGUUCUGUGAGGAGAGCCGCCACCUGAACGACUGGGUUCCCGAGAUCGUCCUCCCUGAGCGCUGAUCCGGGCCUCUGCUCCUCACCUGCUCGAUUCCUACCUGGAAAUACUCAUCCUGAUAACCAGGAUGAUCCUGUUUCUGGCUCAUCCCUGGAUGCUCCUGAGGAGGAUUCCCCGUCCAGGCUGCACGGCGCCGGCCCCCAAACUGAGUGGGGCCGCCCCGCCGUGAAUCCGUCGCCCCCUGCACCCCUCCAUGCCAAGAUGACUCUCCUUCUUUCUGUGAUCGAGGUCGGGCAUGCAGCAGGGGGCGACACAUCGUCGACCCUCAUUCUUUGUGCGGAUGAGGUUUGGAGAGGAAGGAGAAGCGAGUUCUGCAUCUUGUGGUCCCACAGAGCAAAUGUCGCCACGUAGAAGCACGCGCAGCAGGAGAAGAAGCGGUGCUGAGGAAGAAGAGGCCAUCUUGGAAAGAGACUUUUCACAGAUGUUCCUCUUUAGCUGAGCAACAUGACAGCAGUUGCAGUCAGCGGAAAUGUUUCCCACUUUCCAGAAUUGUCUUAAUUCUCUAAAGGUUUCACUUUAGAAAUUUAACAAUGACAAAAAUUACUAAAUAUAUUUUGUUUAAAGGUUUCACUUUAUACUUUGAUGUAUAAAGUUUAACCCCAAAAAAAUGACAAAUUUGAAAAACAAAGCCUUUUAAUUUGCAUUUUACCCUAUUUUAUCCCUUUGAUCCAGUUCAGAAUUGUCCUUUUUCUCUAAGCUUUCACUUUAGAAAUUUAACUGACAAAAUUACUCUAAAAUAUAAAAAGGGUCUUUAACAUUAAAGUUUCCUUUUAGUAAAGGUUGAAAUUAAAGAAACAGAAAAAAAUGCUGUGGUGCUGUAUAUCUCAAACUAAUAAUGGAUGAAUUUAAAAAAUAUAACAACAUACAACUGGAGAUUUUAUAUUAUUUUUACUCUUAAUUGCAAAACCUUUGUUAAAUAUUUUUUUUAAAGUUUAAAAUAUUGGUAAUUUGUAUUUGAUUGUGAUUUUCUUUGUGAUUAAAUAAAACAUUUGCCUUAA